ACAAACACUGAACAGUGAACACCCAAUGAACACGUGGUGUUUUGUUGCAUUUUUUGAAGUCCGUGAUUUUGCGGUGUUUCUCGAGAGGCUCUAUAGUUUAGAAACUUAAAAAAUAUUAAUAAUAAAGUUGGAUAAAAAAUGAAACGAUUGUCUGAGGAAAGAACGAAGUUGCUCUUCGAAAAACUGACUAAAUACAUUGGCAGUAAAGUCAAAGAUUUAAUCGAUCGCCCAGACGGAAUUUACUGUUUCCGAGAAAAGAAAGACCGAGUCUACUAUGUUUCCGAAAAAAUUCUCUCGAUUGCAAAUACAAUGGGAGCCGAUCAUCUCGUGAGUGUGGGCACUUGUUUCGGCAAAUUUACAAAAUCGGGAAAAUUCCGAUUGCAUAUAACCGCCCUUCAUUAUUUGGCUCCAUACGCUGAGUAUAAGAUUUGGCUCAAAUCUUCUGCCGAACAACAAUUUUUGUAUGGUCACCAUGUGAGUAAAUCUGGAUUAGGACGAAUAACGGAAGGAACUCCACAAUAUCAAGGAGUAGUCGUCUAUGCAAUGAACGAUUUGCCUCUGGGUUUUGGGGUCGCUGCCAAAAGUACAGCUGAUUGUAAAAACGCGGAUCCAAUGACUACAAUUUGCUUCCAUCAAGCAGAUAUUGGAGAAUAUAUUAGAUCUGAAGAGACGUUACUCUAAUUUGAAGAUCAGUUUUUUAAAUUAAAUAGGUGCGUUUUAAGGAUAUACAUAAAAACUUUUAAUUUCUACUUUGU